CAUUUCCAAGAGCGACGAGACCAGACCAGACCAGAAGUCCAGGUAGCUGUUGCUAGCUGGUUCUAUCCCCCAGCCUCCCACACCACCGCAACGAUGGGGUCUUCGAUCCGCCGGACGGACCUCCUGGCCCUCUCGAACCUGCGGAACGACGGCCGCAAGCCGGGGGAGAUCCGGCGCAUGCGGGUCCAGCUGGGCCCCGCCUCCAACACCGCGAGCGGGGACGCCGUCGGCGGGAGCGCCCUGGUGGAGAUGGGCCUGACCGUGGCCAUGGCCACCGUCCGCGGCCCCGUGGCCUGCCUCCGGAGGUCCGACGAGCUCCCGGACCGGGCCGUUGUGGACGUCUCGGUCCGGGCGGUGCCCUUUGCCCCGACCGACCGGCGGGUCACCAACCCCAACACGGACCGCCGGCUCAUCGAGGCGGGCCACCUCCUCAAGCGGGCGCUGGAGGCGACCAUCCUGCUCCGGCUCUACCCCAAGUCGCGGAUCGAGGUCCGGGUCGUGGUCCUGGCCGACGACGGGGGACGCCUCUGCGCGGCCAUCAACGCGGCGAGCGCCGCCCUCAUCGACGCGGGGAUCCCCAUGCGGGACGUCCUGUCGGCCUGCUCGGCCGGGUACGCCGGCGGGACGACCGACACGACCCUGGUCGACCUCAACCGCCGGGAGGAGUCUCCCCAGCAGGGCAAGAACGCGGUCUGCCUGCCCUGCGCGAUGCUCCCCCAGCGGGGGACCCUCGUCCUCUCCCAGUGCGAGGCCCGGCUUCCCGACGUUCGGACGCUCGACCGGGUCCUGGAGGCCGCCAUGGCCGGCUGCCGGGCCGUCUUUGACGUCCUGCAGGCGGCCGUGCGGGAGCGGGCGGCGGCGCUCAUGGGCCUCCGGGAGGGGACCGGGACGAUCGUCGAUUCCUUUGCCGGGGCCAAGCUGGCGGCGUAGCCGCUUCGGGGGCGGGCAAGCGAGUUCCAUUCAUUCAUUCAUUCACUUCCUUCCAUCCAUUCAUCCAUCAAUCCACGGCAAGCGGUUUCGGUGCCGAUCGCUGGAUCCGACCGACCGUCGCACCAUGCACAAAAGGUAAGUUCCCGAUCUAGUUAGUCUGAUUGCACAACGGAACUAGUAUGGGUGGGCAGCGAGAGGAAAGCGGGGAUGCGCGACACAAACGAGACAAUCAAGGGAGGAAGACAAACAUUAACUUUUCUAUAUACUUUCCUACGGGCGUCGAUGCACACCCGGUGGGGAUACCAUCUCUGUGGUUCUGAUGAUUGGUUUCGUCGCGCACACCGCUCCCUUGCCGCACCGCCCGCCCAGAUGCGGUUCCAUUUUCCCGGCUGACAGCAACGGAAACAAGAGGCCCUUGCGCGCGCCGCUGUGAUUGUUUUUGACCGGAAAACGAAGAAGAGAGAGGUUCGGCCGUGACGACAAACAUGCGUAUUUCUUGACGUGAUAGGACUAACUAUCUCUUCACUAUGGAAGCUUAAUCUUUGAGAACGUAGCCGUCAUCCAAUCGAAUCGAAUCGAAUCGAAUCGAAAACAAUCGCAAUGGCCUGGGCGGGACUGUGGUGUGAACCGUGGCUUUUGUCCUUUUUCGACGCUGUUCCCACUCACGCUUCUUGUGAUUCACUACAUUUCAUAGGUGAUGAAUCAACCAAAUCGAGUGAUCGGUUAUUUGAAUUGGCAAUCACGAAUGAAACGAGGACUGAACCCCAGGGCAAGAGAAAGGGAUUCACGAAUAGGUGAAGACACGAUUCAUACACUGAUAGUGAACGUAUAAAGCACACACCCCGCA